AUGUGUUCACCGAUAAUACCUGAUGAGACAAUCCUAAAUCAAAGGAAAAAAAGUUUUUCAACAAAAUCUUCAACACCUCCACAACAACAACCACAAUAUUACAGUACUCCUAGUCACUCUCAUUUACCUCCUCCCCCCUCAUCAUUACAAUUUUUACAACGUCGCAAUUCUCGUCAACCAACACCUCCAGCAAUAUUUUCCCCAAAAUUUGAGCAAGAUUAUGCCCAACAAAAAGAAAUGGCUAAAAUAUUUCAUUAUACUCCCCCUCCUCCCCCUCAACAUUCUUCCUCUUCUUUUUCGUCUUCUGGGCAUGAUUCCUCUGCAUCAACAUCUUCAAAGGCUGGAAUUUCUUCUAAAAUACCUCAACAGAAUUUGACAGCAAUACAAAAACGAAGAAAACAACAAUUUGCGUCUGCAUUUGAACAAGUGCCUAAAAUGUAA